CGCGCUCCGGCCUCGCGUUGCCUUCAGUGCGCCGGCGGCGAGGAGCGGGCCGGGGGCGCGCGCAGCCUUCCCACCCCGGCGGCGGAGAGGGCGGCCAUGCGGCUGUCGGCGCUGCUGGCCCUGGCCGAGAAGGCCGCGCUGCCCGCCCACUACCGCCACGGCAUGAACCGGCCCGGCUCGGUGGCCGACCGCGCCAGGAACCCGCCGGGCCUGCGGCGCAAGAAGGUCUGGGUGGAGCCCAUCGCGGAGCGCGACUGGAAGCUCUUCCAGGGCGACACGGUGCAGGUGCUGAGCGGGAAGGACGCCGGCAAGCAGGGCCUGGUGGUGCAGGUGGUCCGCGAGCGCAACUGGGUGGUGCUGCUGGGCCUCAACGUGCAUUACCGCUACGUGGGCAAAUCGGCCGUCCACCCUGGGACCUACGUGGCCAGCGAAGCCCCCCUGCUGGUGAGGGAGGUGGCGCUCAUCGAUCCCACCGACAGGAAGCCCACAGAGGUGGAAUGGCGCUACACGGAAGAGGGGGAGCGGGUGCGGGUCUCCCUGAGGACCGGCCGGAUCAUCCCCCAGCCCAUUGCGCAGAGGGAGGACGGGAUUGUGCCGGAACAGUGGAAAGAUGGCCCCAAGGACACAGCCGUGGACGAUGCGCUGGAAAAGACCUACACUCCCUCCUUGAAGACGUUCCAAGAAGAAAUCACGGAGCUGAAGGGGAUCGUGGAGACACGAUGCUUCCGGAAGUCCUACUGGUACUGACGCCUCGCAGUGGCUGUAGUUCAGUUUGGAAGCCACCUGUAACUUUGCUCUUUCAAAUAAAGCGGUAGCCGCA